AUGCUAGUGCUGGCCUCGCCCGGCCUGUCCUCGCCACGCGGCGGCGCCGUCUCGUGUGUCGCCCGCUUGCGAUCACCGAAACCACUCGCCCAGUACGAGGAUCCUGGCCCGGAGCACCUGCGGACGGUCGAUGGCUUUCUGGGAGAAACGGCCGAGACACUCCGCACUGUCUUUGAUGAGCGGUUCGAAGAGCCACGGCAGGCCCACCCGAUGCGCUUCUGCUGGGACUACUGGCACGUGCCGUCGCAGUACACGCUGCAUCGGACGCAGGCUGCCUCCUACUUUGAUGAGGACGCCUUUGCGGCGCUGACCGACGCGCUGACGGCGUUCGGUCAGCGCGAGCUGGGCUGCCGCGCCAUCUCCCCGCCGUGGCUCUCCUUCUAUGUGGACGGAUGCGAGCAGCGGCUGCACGCAGACGGACCCUUCGCCUUCGUGCUCUCGCUCACGCGGUGGGAAGAGCGCCGCUUCAGCGGCGUGCGAGACCUCGCUGCUGCGGCCGUCUCGACCAAGACGCGCGGCUUCGACUCGUCGGUCGGGCUCGAGCGAGGUGACCUCGUGGCGGAGGCGGAGAUUACCCGAGAUUACACGAGAUUACCCAAGAUUAGCGAGGUUCAGCCGCUGUUCGACCGGCUGACCGUCUUCGACGCGCGGUUGCCGCACGGCACCGUCGCCGCCCUCCGCCACCUCGCGGACACGCUCGUCGUCGACCCGAGCCAGCUGCAGCGCGGGGCGGAGGCGGACGACGCGCGGCCGGCCGUGCUCAACGCGGUGGAGACGCACCUCGGCGGCGCGCGCUUCGCACCGAGCGGCGGCAACAGCAGCGUGACCGUACCCUUCCUGUUCGACUGA